AAUUUAAAAAAAAAAAAGUUAUUAUUAAAAUAAUGAUUUCACAAUUACUUGGUUUCAUACCCAGAAAAUGUCUGCAAUUUGAAUUGAUUAGAAAAGAAAUCACAAUUAUAGCGAAAAAAUCAUUCGAAACAAAGACCCUACAAAAAUUAGCCGACGAAGAAUACAUAGAACUCAAUCCAGCCAUUGCAAACAAGAUGUCGAAAAUUUCCCGAAAUCUUUACAAGGGUCAAUCUGUAGCGAUUUUCACCAGUGGUGGCGACUCGUGUGGCAUGAAUGGCGCACUACGUGCUUCUGUACGCAUGGCCAUUUAUUUGGGUAGUCAGCCCUAUAUGAUACGCGAGGGUUAUCAAGGCAUGGUUGAGGGUGGUGAGCAUUUCGUCAAGGCAAAAUGGUCAUCGGUAUCCUCGAUUAUACAUUUAGGCGGCACAAUAAUCGGCUCUGCGCGCUGUGCAGAGUUCAUGCAGCGUGAAGGACGCAAGAAAGCCGCUUUUAAUUUGGUUCAGCGAGACAUAAAUCGUUUGGUAGUGAUCGGCGGUGAUGGCUCUUUAACUGGAGCGAAUAUAUUUCGUCAAGAAUGGAGUGGUUUGCUGGAUGAACUGCUUGCGGAGGGCAAAAUAACAACACAACAGAGAGAGAAAUAUGUCGAUUUACAUGUGGUGGGCGUGGUUGGUUCGAUCGACAAUGAUUUUUGUGGCACAGAUUUAACCAUAGGCGCAAACACAGCCUUGCAUAGAAUUACCGAAGCCAUCGAUUCUAUCGCGAGUACAGCUUACUCUCACAAGCGUAUAUUUAUAUUGGAGGUGAUGGGACGACGCUGUGGCUUUUUAGCAAUGAUCACGGGGAUUAUUUCAGAGGCUGACUAUGUCUUUUGCCCCGAGGCGCCACCACCAAUGGAUUGGCAUGAUCGUUUGUGUGAGAAACUGCAGAAGGAAGGCGAAGGCGGUCAGCGUCUACAUAUUAUAAUCGUAGCCGAGGGCGCGAGCGAUUUAAACGGCGAACCAAUUACUGUCGAAAUUGUAAAAAAGGUAAUUUUAGACAAAUUAAAGCGAGAAAGUCGAAUCACCGUGUUGGGCCAUGUCCAACGUGGUGGUGCAACGAGUGCCUACGAUCGUAUUUUAGCCUGCCGAAUGGGUGCCGAGGCAGUAGUGGCUGUAUUAGAGGCUACGGGAAACACAACGCCGGUGGUUGUGGUUUUGACAAACAAUCAGAUAGAACGUAUACCGCUUAUGGGUGCGGUCGAGAGAACACAGGCGGCGAAUGAAGCGCUUAAGAGCGGAGAUUGGGCGAAAGCAAUUGCUUUACGCGGUGUGUUCUUUCAAGGAAAUAUGAUGGCAUUGAAAUUAUUGUCGCGCGCCAAGCCUCUAACAAAAGAACAGUGUUGUGUGCCGCCGCCCUUCAAUAUAGCCGUCAUGCAUGUCGGAUCACCGGCUUGCGGCAUUAAUGCUGCCACACGCAGCCUUGUGCGCACAAUUAUUUACAAUGGCGACCGUAUUUUUGGUGUCUCUAACGGACUUGUGGGGCUCAUAGCGGGGCAACUGAAACCUCUGGCUUGGAGCGACGUAAUCGGUUGGUGCAGUCAAGGCGGCGCAUUUCUUGGCAUGAAUCGCAUCACGCCUGAGGGGAAGUAUCCGGAAAUUGCGCGUCGUUUGCGGGAAUUUAAUAUUCAAGGUCUCGUGGUCAUCGGCGGUUUCGAGGCUUAUCGCACCGUAUUGUCUUUGACAACGGAGCGUGCGAGUUAUCAGGAAUUUUGCAUACCCAUGGCUGUAAUACCAUCCACAAUUUCCAAUAAUAUGCCAGGCACAGAGUACACCAUUGGCGCUGAUACCAGCCUAAAUGAGAUUACGAAAAUCUGCGAUCUAAUACGUGACUCGGCGCGUGGCUACAAGAAGCGUGUCUUCAUCAUUGAAACUAUGGGUGGAUUUUGUGGUUACUUGGCAACUAUGGCGGCCAUGGCAGCUGGCGCGGAUUCUGCAUAUAUUUUCGAAGAGAAAUUCAAUGUACGUGACAUGCAACGCGAUUGUGCCAAUAUGGUGGCGAAGAUGAGCGAUGUUAUUGAGCGUGGCCUGGUGCUGCGUUGUGAAGGCGCCAAUAAAAAUUAUACGGCGGAUUUCAUGCAACGACUGUACGAGGAGGAGUCGAAUGGUUUGUUUAGCUGUCGUACCUGCAUUUUAGGCCACGCCCAACAAGGCGGCAAACCCACACCUUUCGAUCGCUGUAUAGCUACCGAGAUGGGCAUUGCUUGUGGGCAAUUUAUACACGAACAAAUGGUAAAGUCGCUUCAAACAGAUGGCACGAUGCUGGCCGUUACUAAGCAUUCAGCUUGCAUGCUGGGUAUGAUUGGUCCGGAAUAUAAAUAUACGUCCGUCGAAGAUUUAUCCCAUCAAACGGAGUUUCAAUAUCGCACGCCAAAGAAUCAAUGGUGGAUGAAAUUACGUCCUUUGCUAAGAAUUCUCUCGACGCAUGACUCAGCUUACACAACUGACAACAAAGCGCAAGUACAUCAACAACCCGUGGAUAUAAAUUGCACCGUUAAUUAGUAUUGUAGAUGUCCAACCAAAAUGAUGUGGAAUAUAUGGAGGAAUUACUGUGUUUGUAAAAAUGUAACUGAUGACAUACAUAUUUACAUAUAUAUUUUAGAACGUAUAUUGCAGCGAAAUACAAAUAAAUUUUUUCUGUCUUUUGACAUUUUCUUUUACUAACUGUACUAACUGUAACACCUCAAAGAGAAAUUCAAAAAAUCAAACC